CUCUGCUUGAUCGAUUUCACCAUGGAAGGGAAUCAGGCACAAAUCGACAUGGCUUCACUGUCCCUAGAUGACGACGAACAUGAGGGUUUGGUGUUCGCCGAACCCGAGGACAAUGUGUGCGGUGUAACAACGGACUACGACAACUGCCUAGUCGGGAGAUUCUUAACGGAGCGCCCAAUAAAUUUUACUGCAAUGAAGAACACUAUGGCGUCUCUUUGGCGGCCGGAUGAAGGUAUGGUUGUUAGAGAUCUGGGCGAUGGAAUUUACGUCUUCUAAUUCGGGGCAAUGGCAGAGCUAGAGCGGGUCUUGGAUAUGUGCCCUUGGACUUUCAACAAUCAAGCUCUCAUACUGGAUCGAUUGAAGGGUUAUAAUGACCCUAGAGAUGUCCCCCUGCAUUUGAUGUUUAUUUGGGUUCAGGUCCAUGGACUUAAGAGAGGCUUUUUCUCCGAACAGGUGGCUCAACGAUUAGGCAACGAGAUUGGAGAAUUCAUGGAAUCAGACCCCAAGAACUACUCAAAUCCCUGGGCGACUUAUCUAAGGAUACGAGUGGAAUUGGAUGUCCGUAAACCUCUGCGAAAAGGCACAAAGAUGAAGCGAGAAGGGGAAGACUGGUUCCACGUUUCAUUCGCUUAUGAACGACUUCCAACUUUCUGUUUUGUUUGUGGCUGUCUUGGCCAUGGGGAAAAAUUUUGUCCCAUUGUUUCGAGGAAUUGGGGUAAAGAUGUAGCCCGACAGUACGGUCCUGAGUUGCGUGCUCUGUCUAAACGAUCCACAACUGGAAUCGGUUCUAAAUGGUUGCGAGAUGAACUCCUUGCAUUCAAGAAGGAAGCACCUGCAUCUACUAAUAAUGCAAAUGAGGCAGAACAUCACAAUUCAGAUACACUCAUGCAACAGAUGCAACCUCAAGCUAAUGGAAUAGAGGGGCAAGCUACAGUGAUGGGUGGAUCAGUGCACCAGGAGUAUGUCGUGAUAUCGGAUCCCAAAAAGAGGAAGAUUGAUAUGAAGGGCAAUGGCGAUAAAGAACUUUUGCUCUCAACUGUAUCAGAUUCAAAAAACGUGAAGGAGGCGGGACCUGCGAUGCAGGCCCACCUAAAGCAAUGAGUUGUAUUAGUUGGAACUGUCGUGGGCUUGGCAACCCACGAGCCGUCCACACCCUACAAAAUAUUGUUAGGGAUGUUAAGCCAUGCUUUAUUUUUCUCAUUGAAACUUUAUGUGAUUCCAAGAGGAUUGAUGAUAUAAAAAUUAUUUUGGGUU